UCCUUCAGGUUCAUUGCUCUCUGACCGCCUCACUAAGCACUACCAGCUAUGUCGUCCUGCAUUCACGUGGCCGUGGUAACUGGAGGUAACAAGGGCAUCGGCUUUGAGAUCACGCGUGACCUGUGUCGCAAAUUCUCAGGGGACGUGGUACUCACAGCGCGGAACGAGGAACGGGGCCGCACGGCGGUGCAGCAGUUGCAGGCUGAGGGGCUGAGCCCACGCUUCCACCAGCUGGACAUCGAUGACCCUAAGAGCAUCUGCGCGCUGCGCGACUUUCUGCUAUAAGAGUAUGGAGGACUGGACGUACUGGUGAACAACGCGGGCAUCGCCUUCAAGGGUAAGCCUUGGGGUUUGGAGAGGGAAGGAGGCUUCCCCAGAGGCUGGUGCCAGGGUGGGCUGUAACUCUCUGGGAGCAUUACUAGGACCAGCAGCACUAUGCUGUGGGACUCUGAAACAGAUCCCCUGGGAGAAACAGGAUAGGCUAGGGGCUGCAGGGAUGCAGGAAAGCAGAACAUCAAUUCUCCCUCCCUGUGUUUACAUAGAAAGAUCUACUCGCCAUCUUUUCCAGGUUGCCUCACAAAGUUGUUGAGUAAUUGGGUUUAUGGAUACUUGAGGAGAAUUCUUAUCUGACAGCGACAUAAAAAAACAGACUGAGAGGAGGAAAGAGCCCAGGGGAAAGGUGUUACAUUACGAUCCUGAUAUACAACCUUCACCCAGCCUCCCCAGUGGUGGUGCCUUCCAAAAACAAUAGAACAUUGUCAGAUGGACAGUGAGGCAGAGCUAUAACUAAACACAGACUGUACUUGGAAGUGGAUCUCUAACUCUCUGUGUUAGGU